UUUUGAUUGUACAGACAUUUAAUUAUUUUUUUCAUUUGCAAAACUUGUUUGACUCGAUAUUUCAAGUCUCGCCAAAAACUUAUUUAUAAUUAUUUUGUUUGACUUUAAAAUAGUAGUCGAAAACAUUGAAUAUAAAACUGCAAACAAUGGCUUCAAAUAGAGAUAAAGCAACGGAUCAGUUGAAAGACUUUAAAGACAAUCCAACAAAAGUUUUGGAUAACGUGACGACCAAAUUUGGUUGUCCUAUCGGCGAUAAGACAAACACAUUGACUAUUGGUCCGCGCGGACCAGUUUUACUUCAAGAUGUACAAUAUAUUGAAGAGUUGGCCAGUUUUGAUAGAGAGCGUAUUCCCGAGCGUGUGGUUCACGCCAAAGGUGCCGGUGCUUUCGGUUAUUUUGAGGUCACUAAACCCGAUAUUACAAAGUACUGUAAGGCCAAAGUGUUUGACACCGUCGGUAAAAAGACUCCUUUGGCCAUUCGAUUCUCGACAGUUGGCGGCGAAUCGGGUUCAGCUGAUACAGCUCGUGAUCCCCGAGGAUUUGCUGUCAAGAUUUAUACUGAAGAAGGGAACUGGGAUUUAGUGGGCAAUAAUACUCCGAUAUUCUUUAUUAGGGACCCAAUACUGUUUCCCUCAUUUAUUCACACACAGAAACGCAAUCCACAAACACAUCUUAAGGAUCCCGAUAUGUUUUGGGAUUUUAUAUCACUUCGACCCGAGACUACACAUCAGGUUUCGUUUCUCUUUUCAGACCGAGGAAUACCUGAUGGAUAUAGACAUAUGAAUGGCUAUGGAUCGCAUACUUUCAAAUUGGUUAAUAACAAAGAAGAAGCUGUCUAUACAAAGUUUCACUGGCGGGUGGAUCAGGGCAUCAAAAAUUUGGACACAACAAAAGCCGCACAAUUAUCUGGUGAUGAUCCGGAUUAUUCAAUUCGUGAUUUAUAUAACGCGAUUGAAAACAAGAACUACCCGACCUGGACAUUGAAAAUACAAGUGAUGACCUAUGAACAGGCAAAGACUUGGCGAUUCAAUCCGUUUGAUUUGACUAAAGUAUGGCCCCAUAAGGACUUCCCAUUGAUUGAAGUCGGAAAAAUGGUACUUAACAGGAAUCCUAGCAAUUACUUUGCCGAAGUGGAACAGAUGGCAUUUGAACCGUCAAAUUUGAUCCCAGGUAUCGAGGCAUCACCCGAUAAGAUGCUUCAGGGAAGACUGUUUUCUUAUGCCGACACUCAUAGACACCGAUUGGGUGCUAACUAUAACCAGAUGCCAGUGAACCGACCUAAGUGUCCAGUGAUGCAUCCAACUGAAAGGGAUGGACCGUAUUGUUAUGACGACAAUCAGGGCAAUCUACCGAACUACUGGCCAAAUUCAUUUAUGACCAGUAAAUGCAAUCCUAAAUACAAGGAAAGUCGUGACACUAACGUUACCGGAGAUAUCGAUCGCUUUGAUUCAUCCAAUGACGAUAACUUCGAACAGGUGACCGAUUUCUGGACUAAAGUGUUGACCGCUGAUGAACGCGAACGUCUGGCCAACAAUAUUGGCGGUCAUUUGGUUAGCGCUCAACCGUUUAUUCAGGAACGGACUAUCAGUAACUUCGAGAAAGUUCAUCCAGAGUUUGGAGAAAAAAUAAGAUUAGCCAUAAAGAAAGUCAAGAGCGCAAACCUUUAAAUUCAAGGCUUUUGAUGGCUAAUAGAUAUGAUAUUAAACGAAUUAUUUCAAGUUUUUAAAAUUUAAUUACAUUCAAAAUUUUUCUAUAAUUCCGUAAUUGCUAUAUAUUUUUGUUUUGUUUUAAAAUUAUAAUUUAAUUACAAUAUUUUGUUUUGAUUAUUUUUAAUACUUUUCUAUAUAUUAGUAUAUACUAUAUACU